AUGGGUGCAGCCAGCUCGAGCGAAACAGCAGGGUCUAGGUGUUCGGUUCAGAGGCGCUGCAGAAGAAGUAGACGGUAUGAAGUUUAAACAGCGUUAUACUUACAAUACUUUGUCAUUAUUUAAUGUCAACAUAGCGCUAACGAAAAUCGAUUGAAAGUAUCUGAACUGCUGCCAAUUUCUACAUCAAUUUAUUUGAACACCGAGGAUGUUAUCUAUGGUUAGCUAACGCCUACCGUUAUUAUUAUACAGCCAGAUACGUAUCAAACAACGCCUGUUCAGUCUAUUCAAUUUCAGCGGCACAAUGAGUCUGAACGAGCAUUCAUUGCAAGCACUGUCUUGGAGGAAGCUUUACUUGAGUCGAGCAAAACUGAAGGCUUCCAGUCGAACGUCUGCUCUACUAUCUGGGUUCGCUAUGGUAGCAAUGGUGGAGGUUCAGUUGGACACAACCUAUCCUUACCCACCUGGUCUCCUCAUUGCAUUCAGUGCCUGCACCACUGUGUUGGUGGCCGUUCAUCUUUUUGCCCUGAUGGUUAGUACCUGCAUUCUGCCUAACAUUGAGGCAGUCAGCAACGUUCACAACCUCAACUCAGUGAAGGAGUCUCCACAUGAGCGAAUGCACCACCACAUCGAGCUGGCCUGGGCCUUCUCUACAGUCAUUGGCACCCUGCUCUUCCUGGCUGAGGUUGUACUCCUCUGCUGGGUCAAAUUUCUACCCAUUAGGCCUAAGAACCACAACCCCAACAAUGGGACCAUAUCUGCAGGUGUGGCUGCUGCCAUCACCUCCACCUCUAUCAUGGUGCCUUUUGGCCUGAUAUUUAUAGUAUUUGCUGUACAUUUCUACCGUUCCCUUGUCAGCCACAAGACAGACAGGCAGUUCCAGGAGCUGGAGGAGCUAUCCAACCUGACCAGGCUGCAGAAUGAGCUGGACGGCAGAGGGGAAUCCCUCAUGCAAUCCCCCAGCUCUCAAUUCCCUUAAAGACUGACCACUCUGACAAGAUAGAUAUCUCUACCACAUGGCAAAAGUAUUGUCAUUUCUAUUAAAAACACAACAUAAUUUAUAUGAAAGUGUUGUGCUACUCACUGUUUGAAAUGUUCACAUUUCUAGAUUUUUUAAAACUUGCAUAUAACUGUAAAACUAUGCCACUUAACGCAUGUACACAUUUUCAACAGAAAAAAACAUCACUGUCUUAACUGGCACUUGGAGCAUUGUGUUGUGGACAGUUAAAAAAAUAUAUAAAAAAAUAAUUACCUUGCAGGUAAUAAUAAUGCAUGGGGCUGAAGAGGGCUCUCAUUAACAAUCUAUUGUGACAAGGUGGCUUGCUUUAUUGUUAUGAGCACCACUGAAGGUCUUAUGGUGUUUUCAAGACAACUCUGAACCUCGCAAGUAAAAAUUUGCGUAGAGCUUCCUAUUGAACGAUUCUGAUAUUUUCGAAGUGGGAAACCCAUUCCUCAUCUUUCUACAAUGAGUUUCCAAGCAGGAAAUGUUAGUUCCGAGUUGUCUUGAAUGUGGCAUUACUUCUGUAAGAGGUGAAUAUGUUCUGUAUUCAACCUAAUGUUCUGAUUUUUACUUUUUAGAGUUAAUGUUUGAUAUUAAAUGUAAUCGGCCUCCUUAAGUUAUUUGUAGUCCAAAUGUUACUACAUAAACUCACAACAGUUUACUACUAUGUAAACAAUUUGUUAUUGAAAUAAACAUUUUGUACCGUG